GAGGCCAGGGUCCUAAUGGCCCUCCUCUCCAUGUCCAGGGCCCCCUCCUCUAUGCCUUAUCCCACAGAUGUCCACUCUCUUUGCCUCGAAUACACUGUCAGACCUCAGUCCACACCUGGGCAGCCCUGGGGUCAAAUGCAGGCCUUGGUGGAUACAAUGCCCUUGUUCCAGUAUGACAGUGACAGCAGCAUGGUCAAACCUUUGAGUCCCCUGGGGGAGAAAGCAAAUGCCAUCAAGGGAUUGACAGAAUUGACCCAAACUCUGAGAGAAGUGAUGAAAGAGCUGAGGAUGAUCCUGCCAAACAUGGAACUGGAGGAAAACAAGACCGGGGGUCCUCCCACUCUGCAGGUCAAGGUAUUUUGUCAGCGUGAAGCAGAACGAUGCACUGGUGCGUCCUGGCAGUUGAGCAUCAAUGGCCAGACAACCCUCCUCUUUGACGCAAUGAACAUGAACUGGACAGUAGUGAACACUGAAGCCAGAGGGACCAAGGAGGAGUGGGAGGACAGAGGGCUGGCAGAGGAUCUCAGGAAGCUGUCAACAGGAGACUGCAACCACUGGCUCAGGGAAUUGUUAGAGCACUGGGAGACGAUGCCAGAGCAGACAGUGCCCCGGGUAAAGAUCCCAGAUGCUCCCCAGUCUUCAUCUACCACAUUAAUUGCAUCGAUCUCAGUCUUCUUCCCAGUCCUAAUUGCCUUUGGUCUCUUCAUGUAAAUUCGGAGAUAAACUCAAUGCUGGAGAACACGGCUCAGCUCACCAGAAUUCCUUCAUGUCUGACAACGGUUGUUUAUAUGCUGUUUUAUUCCAACGUGGGCACCAGAGAACGUCAAGAGACUUAGUGUAUCAUAUCCUAUGACUGUCCUAAUGUGUCUUUCUGCUUUGAUGAACCAUCUGAAGGGUUUGUGAAUUCCAAAAUAGAACUCUUCCUAACACAUACACCCCUUCCCUAGUAAAAACCUCUUCUUA